UACUGUGGCGAGGGGGGCGUGGUUUAGCGGAAUCCGCAACGGGAGAGAGACGGAGGGAGCAGAGCGAGGCGUAAGUAGGUCAAAUGCAAUUAACGAACACGUGUGUUUGAUUGCAGUAAUUGGCGUGGAGAGACCGGAUAUAAGCCGAGUCACCGCAGAGAGAAGGAGAGAGAGACACGCUGGGACCUCGUGCUGCACUAGGGAAGCUACAACAGUGCUUUAAAGUUAUUGAAGUUAUUGACCGUGUUUAAGCAAUCGUUUGCUGUCUACGCCCAGAGGGCAUCGUGUUUUUCUUAUUUUGUAUUACUGAAUAAACGAGUGUCCCAGCAACAAGCCGACCCCUGCCUUCUUCCUUCCUAUUGAGACUGUGUUGAACCUUGUUACAGUGGUGCCGAAACCCGGGAAGGAAGAAGAGCAUCGCCGCCAUGCAAUCUCCGUCAGGUACGCCAUUUGCGGACAUCAUCCAGUCGCUCGCCGGUCUUCAUCAGGAACAACAUCAACACAUGCUGGCGAUCAAGGAGGAGCAGGACAAACGCUUCGAGGCGCUCCUCCGGGCCCAGCAUGAAGACCGCGAGCUAUUCCGGAGCUGGGUAGACCGGGAGGCCCGGGCCACCCCUUCGUUUAAAGACCAGACAUCUCCUCUGCCGCUCAACAAGAUGGGGCCUCAGGAUGACCCGGAGGCCUUCCUGGACCUGUUUGAAAAAUCGGCAGAGGCUCGAGGGUGGCCCCCUGCGGACUGGCCCCUGCGGCUCAUUCCCCUGCUGUCCGGGGAAGCGCAGGUGGCCGCUCACCAACUGCCAGUCCAAAACCUCCUGGCCUACCAGGACCUCAAGCGUGCCAUCCUCCAGCGGGUCGGUCGGACUCCGGAGCAACAUCGCCAGAGGUUCAGGACUCUAACCCUGGAAGAGUCUGGCCGGCCCUUCGUGAUGGCACAGCAGCUCCGGGAUUCCUGCCGCAAGUGGUUGAUGGCCGACAGUAGCGACGUCGAGGACGUGAUCGAUCGUGUGGUACUGGAGCAGUUCGUGGCCAAGCUGCCAAGGAAGACAGCGCAGUGGGUCCAGUGCCACCGCCCGACGUCGCUGAACCAGGCCAUCCAGCUGGCGGAAGACCAAAUGGUGGCGUGUCCAGGGGUCGGCGACCCCUUACCAUCUGCUUCUCUCUCUUCUUCUCUCUCCUCCCCUCCCCUCUCUCUCCCUAAAUCUGUCCCUCUCCCCAGGUCCCGUGGGGGGCUUCCGUCGAAGCUAGCCCCGAGGUGGAGGACGAAUUACGGGGCUGAGUCACCAGCAGGUCCCAGGGCUCCUCCCAGGGGUGGGACCUCGCCCAUGGGAUCCGUUCCCCAGGCCCCGGCCUCUCCGCUCUCUCCUCGCCAAUCGCUUGACCUACUUCCUGCCGCCAGGGUGGCGGUAAAGUCUGGGCCGGCCUGUUGGCGUUGCGGGGACCCAGGGCAUUUGAUCGAUAGGUGUCCGGUGAUGGAAGUGGGGACGUUGAUCCGGGUCCCCGACGCGCCAAAGGCUGCCCUCGAUCAGGCUGGCUUAUACCAAAUACCAUAAUUGGCGUGGAGAGACCGGAUAUAAGCCGAGUCACCGCAGAGAGAAGGAGAGAGAGACACGCUGGGACCUCGUGCUGCACUAGGGAAGCUACAACAGUGCUUUAAAGUUAUUGAAGUUAUUGACCGUGUUUAAGCAAUCGUUUGCUGUCUACGCCCAGAGGGCAUCGUGUUUUUCUUAUUUUGUAUUACUGAAUAAACGAGUGUCCCAGCAACAAGCCGACCCCUGCCUUCUUCCUUCCUAUUGAGACUGUGUUGAACCUUGUUACAAAU